AUGGCAGUUUUCAACCUCACCCCCUCUGGUCCUUCAACAUUCCUCCUAAUGGGCAUCCCUGGCCUGGAAGCUGCCCAUAUCUGGAUUUCCAUCCCUUUUGCUAUGUUCUACAUUAUCGGCUUGUUAGAAAAUGUUACACUUCUGUUUGUUGUAAGCAAAGAGCAGACCCUGCACAAGCCAAUGUACCUGCUGCUCUGCAUGCUGGCACUCACAGACAUCAGCAUGUCUACCUCCAUUGUGCCAAAGGCACUGUGCAUAUUUUGGUUCAAUUUGAAAGACAUUACUGUGGCUGGCUGCCUCACCCAGACUUUCUUCCUUCACGUGGUUGCUGUCAUGAACUCAACCGUCCUAGUGACAAUGGCCUUUGAUCGCUAUGUUGCCAUAUGUAACCCUCUGAGAUACGCCACCAUCCUCACCAAUGCACGAAUAGCUAAGUUAGGGUUUGUAGGUUUGAUCAAAGCUGUUCUCUUCAUUCUGCCUCUGCCCCUGCUCCUGAGGAGGCUCCCAUUCUGUGCCAACCGCGUUAUCCCCCACACACACUGCGAACCUAUAGCUGUGGCGAAGAUCUCGUGUGGGGAUAUUACAGUCAACAGGAUGUACGGCUUGGUGAUAGUGUUUGUAGUUGUCGGAUUUGACUUGAUGCUCAUUGUCCUGUCCUACAGUCUGAUCAUCAGAGCCCUCCUCAGAAUCAACUCCAAGAAAGCCCAUCAGAAAGCCCUCAAUACCUGCACAGCCCACAUCUGUGUAAUGCUGAUGUCUUAUACUCCAGGCCUCUUCUCCCCUCUCAUGCACCGGUUCGGUCAGGGCAUCGCUCCCCAUGUUCACAUCAUCUUGGCCGACCUCUAUUUCCUCAUCCCCCCCAUGCUCAACCCUAUUAUUUAUGGGGUCAAAACCAAAGAGCUUCGUGACAAAGUGGGCAAAUACACCUGCAGAAUGUGA